AUGAAAUUACACACCUUGGUCAUGUUCCUCCUACUGAUCGGUUCCCCUUUCUUGCCCCAGCACCGAUGCUAUAGAAGUAGCCAGCCGUUCCAGCUGCUAAACACCCUCAACAGAUCUGUGGUGAAAAGAAAAUCGGACUUCAGACCGAAUCUAUGUGCCACUGCACCCAGUGAACAUUUACAAAAUUUGAAGUACGUCCGGGAAGUAACCAAUGCAAGCAUACAGACAUGUAACAACGCACUGAAGGAAUGUAACGGUGAUGUGGAGAAAGCAAUUGAGUUGGUUCGGCGGAGUGCGAAAAAUACUUCAUUUGUCUCCACCAGUGUGAAGGUUAAAACGGAGGGGCUGGUUGGUUGCCAAAUGGGGAGGGAUAAAGUCGUGAUGUUGGAAGUUUUAACUGACUCGGAUUUUGUGGCCCGGAAUGAGAAGUUCAUUCGGUUUGUAAGGACUCUGCUGAGUACUGCCCUGGCGGGAGGGUCGCAGUCCGCGCUAGAGGCAGCGCAUACAGGAGAGGGUAAUAACGGUGCGCACAAUAAAACGGACAACGCGACUUAUAAUGAGACACAAAGCGAAACCCCCAAUGCUUUGCUUACUCCCGUGAGCGCAUCCUCACCGGGGGCCACAUCUCUGCUGAGCCUUCCCUAUGACGAUCACAGCGGGGAUUUAGGAGCCACCACGGUCGGCGAGCAAAUAAACUACUUGAGGAACAUAUUUCGAGAGGACAUACGCAUCGGACGGUUCACCAAAUACAAGCGGAAGAAUGAGAACCAGUUUCUACAUUACUACAUUCACAAUCAGGUGGAGGAAAACAUCGGGACGUCGGGGGUCCUUCUCGUUUUAACAGUCGAGCAGCUGACGGAGAAAUUAGGAAGUAAAGGGGAAUCUAUUGCCCAAGUUGCAAAUGAUAUGGCUCUGCAUAUUCUGUCCGCCAAGCCUGUCAUUGUGUCCAUCUCCGAUUUGCCUGAACAGAUUGUCCAGCGCGAGACUGCCAUCAUUCGGGAGUCCCUGCAGGGGGUGAACAAGCCCGAAAACAUAAUCAACAACAUGGUGAACGGGAAGAUGCGAAAGUUCUACAGCUCCGUGGUGUUCCUCGAGCAGGAGUACAUGCUGGACGAUACCAAGCGGAAGGUCUCCCAAGUCCUUCGUGAUUUCUGCAAGAAGCACGACAUUAACAUAAGCGUUAGCCAUUUUGAGACUUUCAUCGUUGGGGAGAAGAACAUCAUGCGGGAGUGA